AUGGCUCACCUCUCAUGGGCGCAAGUCGCUGCAAAGAACCACAAGCCCAGUCCUCUUCGCCAUCAGAUCUCUGACGACGGCUCAUCGCAGGCGCAUAAUCCGCCCUGCACUCUCCCCACCAAGGCCGCCAAAUCCCCUUGUCUAACAGCGAACCAGAACAGCUCCAGAGCAGAGCAAAAGUCUCCUGAACCCAGCGCCUCACGCUCUGAGAGCAGCCACUCUUGUUCUUCCGGCCCCAUGUCGGUUGACAAGGCCACGGAGGAGAGCGGCCUUGCUCUUUCCACCUCGAAAAUUGAGAGUUCCCCCCUCUCAUCCGCAACUUCGUCAGUUUCUUCUCGUUCAACCACCUCGAUUUUCGAAGAAGCAACUACACCCGACGGCGCGAGCGACGAGAUGGCCAACGCUAGAAGAGAUCGAAGAGCUGCCAGGAAGGCCGCCGAGGAGGCUGCGAGACAAGCUCGACUCUCUCCUACCCUGGAGGCUGUCGCGUCUGUCGCAUCCGUCGCGUCCGCGUCCGCGUUCUCGGCCCCGGGUGAGGGCAGCAUCAAAAGCGAAGUAGCUAUUGCUGCUUCUGUACCCCUCCCGGUCGACGAAGAUGACGGCGAGAAGCACGACGAAAUCGAAGAACAGGAGACGAAUAUCACGCUUGUCUCUGGCGACGAGGGAGUUGGUCCUGCUGACUCGACCCACGGAGACAGCGGUCACCGAAGAGUCUUCAGAGCGUCUCUUGAAAGCGGCCAACUGCCCAGAUUUGAAAGAACCCGUCGCGUUCGUCUUUUCUAUGCGACCCCAACGUACGACUGCGCCAUAGCGCUCAGUGAUGGAAAGGUGGUCUCUGGUCAUCGCGAUAUCAUAACUUCUGAGUCGACCUACCUGGCGCAGAAUCUCCCCCCGGCCAAUGAAGUGAAGCUCGGUGGCCACUUACCUGACAAAUCGAACAUAUGGAGUACCCAUUACAUCCUCAACAACGUCAUGUAUUACCGGCCUGCUAUGCGUCUGGGCAUCAAGACUCUGAGAAAGUAUCAGGUCGGUAACGUGUUGAAGGCGUGUGACUUUUGGAAGGAGGCUCUCAACGGCCGCUUCUUCUACUUCAAGUUCGCCGACAGCAAGAAACUGGCCAGCUUCGAGAUACCGCUGCGCAUGGCGCACAUUCAUCUGUACACGGAGAACGUGGAGGAGGAGUACGCCGACGAGAUACGUAAGAUGAAGAUCGCUCUGGCCAAGGUCACCCUCAUCGUCCUUCCGUUCCUUCGCCGCCAGUUUUGGUUCGUCGCCCACGUCCAGAAGCUCUGGGAGACACUGGCAUUCCCGUGGCGCUCGGAGAUGGAAGACCUCUACCACGAUGGACUCCUGCCUGACUUCCCCACGUGUUUCGACGAGAACCUGCAGUGGGUCGAGGAGAAGAUCGACAACGAUCGGUACCCGGUCCCGGACGGCAAUCCGAGCUCGUCCGGUAUGCCCUAUUCGCAGGCUUCGAUCAACGAGAUGACGCGCCGCUUGACCAUGGCUGGAUACGACUCUGGCUACCACCUGUAG